AUGGGUAAGGACAACUCCGAACAGGAGGAUGCUGUGGCCAAUCACGUCUCUGGCCAGGCUAACAAGCCUCUUUCGCGUCCUCCUCACUGCUUGACCAUUGAUGAGACCGUGGCCGAGCUGAAGGCCAAUGCUGAAGAUGGUCUGACUGACGCCGACGCCAAGGCGCGUCUGGAGGAAUACGGCCGCAACCAGUUCGGCGAGGAGAAGGGUGUCCAGCCCGUCAAGAUCCUCGUCGCUCAGGUUGCUAACGCCAUGACACUGGUUCUCAUCCUCGCCAUGGCUGCCUCCUUCGGUAUCGAAUCUUGGAUCGAGGGUGGUGUCGUCACUGGUGUCAUUGCCAUCAACAUUAUCGUUGGUUUCCAGCAAGAAUACAAGGCCGCCAAGACCAUGGACUCACUCCGCUCCCUGUCAUCGCCUACCGCCUCCGCCGUCCGCGACGGAUCUAAUCAAACCGUCCCUACUGUCGAGAUUGUCCCUGGUGACAUGGUCGAGUUGAAGACUGGCGACACUAUCCCUGCCGAUGUCCGCAUCAUCGAAGCCGUCAACUUCGAGACCAAUGAGGCUCUUCUCACGGGCGAAUCUCUUCCUGUUCGUAAGGAGCCUUCCAUGACGUUUGAGGACGACACUGGUCCUGGUGACCGUCUCAAUGUUGCCUACAGCUCCUCGACUGUCACCAAGGGCCGUGCUCGUGGCAUCGUUUUCGCGACCGGCAUGUACACUGAGAUUGGUCAGAUUGCUGCUGCCCUCCGUGGCAAGAGCUCCCGUCGUCGUCCUGUGAAGCGUAAGGAGGAUGGCAGUGCCAGCCCUGGUCGUUACGUCCAGGCUGGUAUUCUCACUGCAUACGACGCUGUUGGCGUCUUCCUUGGUAUCAACGUCGGCACUCCUCUUCAGCGUAAGCUGUCUCAGCUCGCUCUGCUUCUUUUCGGCAUCGCCAUUAUCUGUGCCAUCAUCGUUCUGGCUGCCAACGACUUCAACACGACCCAGGAGGUUAUUAUCUACGCUGUUGCCACUGGUCUCUCCAUGAUUCCCGCCUCUCUCGUCGUUGUGCUCACCAUCACCAUGGCCGCCGGUACGAAGCGUAUGGUUCAGCGUCACGUCAUCGUUCGCAACCUGAAGUCUCUCGAGGCGCUCGGUGCUGUUACCAACAUUUGCUCUGACAAGACCGGUACCCUCACCCAGGGUAACAUGGUUGUCCGCAAGGCGUGGGUCCCUGGUGUCGGCACCUUCUCUGUCAAGGAUGCUACCGAGCCCUUCAACCCAACCAAGGGUUAUCUCUCCUCCCGCGUCGAGCAGCCUAAGGAUAUCACCUUCCAGGGUGAGGAUGCUGAGGGCGAAUCGUUCUCCGAUGUUGAUGGCCAGGUCAACUCGAACCCUACGCUUCAGACGUACCUCAACGUCGCGUCUCUGGCUAACCUGGCCACCGUCCACCAGAACAAGGAAGGCGAAUGGCACGCUCGUGGCGACCCGACUGAGAUCGCCAUUCAGGUCUUCGCUUCUCGCUUCAACAUGAACCGUCUUGUUCUGUCCGGCGAGGGCAACAACUGGAACCAGAUCGCCGAGUUCCCCUUUGAUUCCGAUGUCAAGAAAAUGUCAGUCGUCUUUAGCGAUGCCGAGGGCAACCAAAACUGGCUCUUCACCAAGGGUGCCGUCGAGCGUGUCAUCUCUUCUUGCCCCAAGAUCCAGAUUGGUGACCAAGUGACCGACCUCACCGACGAGAUUGAGCAGGAGAUUCUCCGCAACAUGGAAGCCCUCGCGCGCCUCGGUCUUCGUGUUCUCGCAUUCGCCAGCAAGCAGGAUAUCGGCCCCGUCGACGGACACGAGAACCUUGACCGCAACCUUUACGAGAAGGACCUCAUCUUCCGCGGCCUCAUUGGUCUCUACGAUCCUCCUCGCCCCGAAUCUGCUCCCUCCGUUCAGAUGUUCCACAGGGCUGGCGUCAGUGUUCACAUGCUGACGGGCGACCACCCCGAAACUGCUCGCGCCAUCGCACUUGAAGUCGGCAUCCUGCCCACCCGCAUGAACGAGAUCGCUGCCGACAUCGCUAAGACGAUGGUCAUGGCUGCUCACGACUUUGACAAGCUCACCGAUGACGAGAUCGACCAACUUCCCCGUCUCCCUCUCGUCGUCGCACGCUGCGCUCCCCAGACCAAGGUUCGCAUGAUUGAGGCUCUUCACCGUCGCGAGCGCUUCGUUGCCAUGACCGGUGAUGGUGUCAAUGAUUCUCCCUCCCUCAAGCGCGCUGACGUCGGUAUUGCCAUGGGGCAAGCCGGCUCUGACGUGGCCAAGGAAGCUUCCGAUAUUGUUCUUUCUGACGACAACUUCGCCUCCAUCCUUAACGCUGUCGAAGAGGGACGCCGUAUGUUUGACAACAUUCAAAAGUUUGUUCUCCACGUGCUUGCCCAGAACGUUGCCCAAGCCUGUGUUCUUCUCAUCGGCCUUGCCUUCAAGGACGACAGCAACCUGUCUGUCUUCCCUCUCGCUCCUGUUCAGGUCAUUUUUAGUUCCGUCGAUCGCAGCAGCAACGCCGUCGACGGGUGCAAGAUGAUGAGGUGCGCGGAUGGGAGGUAA